AUAAGACUCUCGACGACUCUCGAAACGCGGGAUUCCCGUGAGCUCGCCCCUAUGAGAAUGGUGUCGAAGGAGAUUCGUUUCGCCCUCAGCCUCUGGCUCUUCAUCGGAGGGAUUUCUCUGCCUUCCGUGAACGCAUGGGAACGAGAGGCAAUAUUGGAUCCAGAGGGCAAGGUGCAUCUGGCAUGGACCCCCGACCUCGAUGCAAAGGUCAUCGAGUUUGAAUACACCGUCCAGACCCUCGGAUGGAUUGGAUUGGGUUUCUCUCCCACUGGAGGGAUGCGAGAUUCUGACGUCAUCACCGCCUGGAUCAAGGACGGACAAGUCUUCUUCGCCGACAGGCACGUUCCUGUGGACCACGAACUCCCAAGAGUAGACGAUGUACCCAACUACAAUCUGAUAUCUGCUGUGGAAACGGGCACGGCGACCGUCAUACGUUUCACGAGGGAAUUCGACACUUGCGAUCUUGAUCAAGACUAUUACAUCACGAAUGAUACAGUUCGAGUCAUAUUUGCUUAUGGAGAUGCGGAUCCCGAAGGAGAGGAUCCAUAUUACCAUGAAGGCAACAGGGGAACAAAAUCCAUCUAUCUUCUCGACCCGCCACUCGGUGAGAUUCCCGACGAUCCAUCGAUCAAAGAAUGGGCAGCAAAAACCCAAACGGUGAUUCCUGCCGUGAACACCGCGUAUUGGUGUAGCAUCCGCAAGACACCCGUAUUGGAUGGAACGCACCACGUCAUCGGAUACCAGCCGAAUGUGAAACCAGGAAACGAGAAGUACGUACAUCACCUGCUCAUGUACGCUUGCAACGUCCCCGAAGAGCAAGAGGGCAUGUUCGACGCGUGGGCGGAACAGGAUGGGGUCUUGUGCUUUGGGCCGGAUAACCCGUUGGAAUGGAGGCAGUGUCGCAGUGUUCUUGUCGCCUGGGCUGUGGGCGGUGAGGGUGAUACGUACCCGGAGAACGUGGGGUACGUCCUUCCUGCAAGAGGGAUGUACUUCAUGAUGGAAAUGCAUUACGACAACCCAGAAUUGGUGUCUGGGGUCCAGGAUGACUCCGGUGUGACCAUCUACUACACUGACGUCCUUCGACCUUUGGAAAUGGCCACCAUGGAAGUCGGCUCCGCAGUCGACCCUUCGCAGAUAACCCCAGCGAGACAGAGCCUAUUCUACAAUAUCGGUCACUGCAGCCCCUCAUGCACGCAAGCCACGUUGCCAACUGAAGGGAUCCACGUCUUCGCCGGAAUUCUCCAUUCGCAUUUGAUCGGGAGACAAAUGCGAGUCCGGCUAUUCAGAAACGGCCAAGAAAUGCCCUGGCUUCAGAACGACGACAAUUACGACUUCAAUUUCCAGCAGAUGCGGGUGUUCAGGGAACCAAUCACCCUUUAUCCAGGAGACCAUCUGGUCAUGGGCAAGUUCCCUCUCGAUUCUGUGACCAUCGGUGGUUUCAAAACCACGGAGGAGAUGUGUCUGGCGUUCCUUCAGUACUAUCCAGCCCAGAAUGUUGCUGCUUGCCUGAGUAUCCCCGAUUAUGAUGCAAUCAAAAAUCUGUUCGGCAUAACUGACCUCUGGUUUAACCCGGAGAACUACGAAUAUAUGGUGGGUGAUCAGACCAUGGUCGACUACCUGAAUGGAUUUGAUUGGUCCGGAAUCGACAUGGAUGACUACCAGCAUCUCCUUCGUUACGAUCCCCAUUGGACGACACAGCCUGACACCCUUCGAGGAGCAAGGACCCUUUUCGUCGCCCGUCGAGGAGCGUUUUCAAUCCCCAGACGACUUCGCCCCGCCGAGAGUCGAGUGUGGAAGCGUCGGAACUGUUUGUCGAUUGUUGUAGACCAAGGUGUCACGGAGCGAGUCGCUAAGAUGGCGUUGAAGGCGAUUCAAUUUACCCUGGGCAUCUGGUUCGUCUUCGGGGGGAUUUCUCUACCCUCUGCGAACGGAUGGGAACGAGAGGAGACGUUGGACUACGACGAGAAGGUGCAUUUGUCGUGGACGCCUGACGUCCGUGCCGGGGUCAUCGAGUUCGAAUAUGCCGUGAGGACGCUCGGGUGGGUGGGGUUGGGAUUCUCUUCGAGCGGAGGGAUGCGGGAUUCGGAUGUCGUUAUGGGUUGGGUCAAGGACGGAAAAGUCUUCUUCACCGGCGACACAACCCACGUGAUAUAUGCCUACGGAGAUUCAGACCCUGCUGGAGACGAUCCACCGUAUCACGGCCCGGUCAACAGGGGAUCGAAGCGAGUCUUCGCAGGUGAAAUCCCUGCCGAUCCCUCGAUCAAGAAAUGGCUCGUGACCAGCAACAUGACGAUUCCUGAAGCGGAUACAACUUACUGGUGUUCCAUCCACAAGACGCCCGAGGUGAACGUCACGCACCACGUCAUCGGGUACGAGCCGUACCUGGAUCCCGAGAGCGAGGACUACGUGCACCACCUGAUUCUCUACGCCUGCAGCAUACCGAAGGAGCUGGAGGCCAAGUUCGAUUCGUGGGCGAGACAGGACGGGGUCUUGUGCUACGGGCCGGAUCAUCCCAGAGAAUGGAUGCGCUGCCGACUCGCUCUUGUGGGCUGGGCUGUCGGGGGGGAGGGGGAGACCUAUCCAAAGAACGUGGGAUACGUUCUCCCUGCUGGCGGAAUGUUCUUCAUGAUGGAAAUGCAUUACAAUAACCCUGAAAAGGUGACCGGUAUUUAUGAUAACUCCGGCAUCACUGUCUUCUACACGGACGUCCUUCGACCUCUGGAAAUGGCCAACCUGGAAAUCGGCGCCGCCGUCGGCCCUACACAGAUCAUCCCGGCGAGACAGAAUCUUUUCGUCAACGUCGGUCACUGCAGCUCCGAAUGCACAGCAACCGCCAUCCCGCCAGGCGGGAUUCACAUUUUCUCCGGCUUUCUCCAUUCUCAUUUAAUCGAAUGCUACUACAAUUCGUCGAAUCGGAAGUCGGUGACCGUAGGUGGUUUUGGAACCCAGGAGGAAAUGUGUCUGGCAUUUCUUCACUAUUACCCAGCUCAGAAAAUCGCCUCUUGCCUCAGUCUCCCCAGUUACGAGAAGCUCUUCGCUCUGCUCCGCAUCUCCAACGUCCGGCUCGAACCGAAAGAUGGCUACGAGUACAUGGUGUCAAACAACGGGAAGAACCAGACCUUGGUGGACUAUCUCGAUGAGCUGGAUUGGUCGCAUUUCGACAUCGAAGGCUUGCAGCGUUUACUUCGUUACGAUCCUCACAACGAGUUAUGCAGGGCCAAUGAUGACAAUCUCAUCCUCCCCCGGAAUGCAACGACGAGCUAUCCUGACGUCGUGGACCCCUGGAUGCCUCCCAAGCGAAAUUGCUCCAAUUGAAAUACGUCAUUUGGCGCUUUCGGAAAGUGAGACUCUGGUUAGAAUCGUUUGAGGAAUGUGCUUCAACGAGCUCCGUUUCCCACUUCCCUUGUGAGGUAUAGAUGACUCUUAAGCUAUCCUUUCUUGAACAUGAGAAUCCAGAAUCGCCAGCCAUCAAACUUGUUGACGACUCUCGACAACGGCGAGAUCGGCGGUCGGCGAAGACCGACCGUAGUAACAAGGAUCCAUCAGGUGGAGAAGUUAGAGCAUCUGUUCGAGAAUGAAUCAGAACUGAAACAAAAGGGAAACUCUUACUUUCCGGAAGCGCCCGUUGUGCCGUGCAAAGGAGCCAAUCACGACGAUUUCAUUUUUACAUUCACUUCUGACUGUUAACAGCUGGCAAACAAAGCCAGCCUUUUAUUCACUUGAACAACGCUGGACUUGUGCAUGCACCAGAUGAGCAACAAGACUGCUCGCAAGUGUGGGAAACAUGGUUACCAGGAUGUAAAACAGGCAACGAAAUGUCUCACGCAGCAUUCGGCUUUUGACUUUGAUGUGAUUUCCAUUUCAUAAUAUAUUCCUUCACGUGCCUCCAACCAUUUCCACGUCCCUCACUACACACAUAGUACGGUCUACGUAUGCCUAUUUUGGUCACUGAAGCAGCUUUCAGGGUUUCCUGAAUUCUUUUAUGGUUGGUGAUACAGAAAGUGUACCACCUUCUUUUAAUGUAUGGUGGUACAAUUAAUGUACCACUUGUCUGAAAUAGUGUUUUGAGGCAGCAUGGUGGUUUACUUCCAGAAUCACCUUGUAUUACCGCUGCUAGUAGUUGUUUCUCACGGCCAACAGAUGGCAGGAGUAUUUUUUAAUGAUUGUGUUCAUUUAUGUCAAAUAAAUGUGUAUUAUUACAAUUUUUUCUGAAAUAAAAAACAUACGCGGC